CUGGCCUGGCCUGGCGGCCCCCUCCUCCCUGGGCCCCAAAUUAUACUGGGAAUCAUUUCAGCCCACUUUGCUUUUCCUCAGGAUGCCGUUUGGCUGCAUCGGACUUCGGGAUGACAAGAACUACAACAGCCUGUCUGACAUCACGGACAAGUAUGAGAUUGGGCAGCUGCUACGGGCGUAAGUAGGGUAGCAGAAUGAAGAGCCCCCGGCUGAAGAGCCGCAGCUCCCUGUGGCCUCCGGGGAAGCACUCCAAGGGAGCAAAGGAGCCGGGCCACUGGCAGGCUGGGCUGUUGGGGGCGGGUCUUUGUGUCUUUGCCACCCAUUAUUUGGAAUCAUAGCUGUCAAGUUACAGAUUUGAAAAUAAGGGACCAGCAGCCUUGAAAAUAAGGGACCAGCAGCCAAAAUAAGGGACCUGCAGCCUCACUCGUUCCAGGCACUCCAGUCUUCCUGGCCUCCUGCAGUCUGGUCAAACUCAUGCUGGUAGCUUCGAGAACACUGUCCAACCAACUUUGUAACCAGAGGUUCAACUGAAUAGAAUCUGAAUCACAUGCACCACAAGGCCUAUGCAGCCUCAAUUUAAGAUGGCUCCCCGGCCUGGCUUUGCACUGCUAAGUUUGCAGCAGCACGUGCAACAAAAUGGCGUCCAGCUUUCAAAAAACCCCUCAGCUUGCAUUAACUAGCCACACACAAGGCAUGCAAGCUCCACCCCCCAGUCGUUCUUAGACUUCUUAUUGGGUGAGCAACACAGCCAAGCAACACAGUUGGAUCCUCCCUCCUCCCUGGCCGGCAGGGAUGGAGGGAGGGAGGGAGAGGAGCUGCUUCCUUUGAAAUUUAAGGGACAUUUAAGGGACAUCCAUCAAUAAGGGACAGCAGCGGGACAUCGCGCUGGAAUAAGGGACUGUCCCUUCAAAUAAGGGACACUUGACAGCUAUGUUUGGAAUGUCCUGUCACAGCAGUUGGCCAGACGCCCUUUGGCAUUUCUGGCACAGCUGCAGCAUCCGUUCUUCUCUUUCACACGGCCAUCCUGCACCCAGCAGCCUCAGAGCAGCCACAGCAUCUUCUCACCCUUGCCUGGCGCACGUGGAAGUUGGCACUUGGCAGCAGGACAGAGCUCUUGGCCUCGCGUCUCUCACGCCACUGCUUUGCGGCUGCCCACCCCGUUAGCCCUUAACCCCUUCCUUCCCUUUGCUCUGCCUUCAGUGGCCCUGACGCACAUAAUAGCUAUGUACUUUUAAAGCACAUUUCCCCCCAAAGAAUGCUGGGAACUGUAGCUUAUUCUUCACAAAGCUAUAAUUCCCAGCACCCUUAACAAACGGCAGUUCCCAAGAUUCCCUGGGGUGUAGGGUGUGCUCUAAAUGCAUGGCACAUAUGCAGCCAGUGAGCAAGGGACAGUUAGCAGCUGCAGCAAUUGUUGCUUUCGUUUUAGCCCAUACCCUGCCUGCCAUUUUGCCACAAGUGAGCAGGAAGAAGAGGAGCACGGCUUCUCCAAAAUGGCCUCCUAGGCUGCGAAGGAUCCAUGAACUGGCUGCUGGGAGAGACAAGCUGAAGGCCAGAGGGUAGUCCCUUCAGGACAGCACAGGCGGCAAAUGUCCAGCCAGCCUAUUUGGCAUCUUCAAUGCACCACAACCAUUCAAACUUGCCCGGGUGCCUCUGGACUUGGUUUGGUCAUUGCAUUUACUUCAUGCGAAAUCACAUUCACCCGGUGCUAUACCAGCUGCACUGGCUCCCGGUGGGGUACAGGAUCAGGUUUAAGGUGCUGGUUUUAACCUUUAAAGCCCUAUACGGCCUAGGACCCUCGUACCUACGGGACCGCCUCUCCUGGUAUGUCCCACGGAGGACCUUCUGGUCUUCAAACAAAAACAUCUUGGAGGUCCUGGGCCACAGAGAGGUUAGGCUGGCCUCAACUAGAGCCAGGGCUUUUUCAGCUGUGGCUCCAAUCUGGUGGAACGCUCUGUCACAAGAGACUAGGGCCCUGCGGGACUUGACAUCUUUCCGCAGGGCCUGCAAGACAGAGUUGUUCCACCAGGCCUUUGGUCGGGGUUCAGUCUGACUCCCUCUCCCCUUUCAUAAGAACUUGCAUGAAAGUGGCCUCCCAAUUUUUCUCACAGGCCCAAAUAAGUUCAGCACAAACAGUUGGGCCUGGUGAGCAUUUAAGGUCCCCAACCCUAAUCUGCAGGUUGCCAUCUGAUUGGAUUUUAUUCUGAUCCUGAUUUGAGGAUGUAUUUUAAUUGAUUGUCUGAUUUUAUGUUAAUGUGUUAUUCAUUUGAUGUUAGCCGCUCUGAGCCCAGCUUCGGCUGGGGAGGGCGGGAUAUAAAUAAAAUUUAUUAUUAUUAUUAUUAUUAUUAUUAUUAUUAUUACUAUUAUGCCUUCCCUCUGAGGAGAGAAGGCAGCCCAUGUCCUCACUUCCUCCUCACAACAACCUUGUGAGGUAGGAUGGGUUGAGAUAGUGAUAGCCCAAGGUCACCAAGUGAGUUUCAUGGCUGAUGAGGAAUUGAACCCUGGUCUCCCAGGUCCCAGUCCACCACGUGAGAAUAGGAAUGGGGUAUCUUCCAAAAGUUCCAUCAACUCCACCCAGCAUGGCCAAAGGUCAGGAAUGAUGGGACUUGUAGUCCAGCAAUAUCAGGUGGGUCACAGGUUCCCUAUUCCUCCCCUAAAAGCUAUGCUACGCUCCAAAAAGUGGCCUCAAACCCAAAGCAUGGAGAACUGAUAUAUUAUUGUUUAUCAGCCAUGGCAGCUGAAAGGGCCCUCUAAAGUCUGAGGCAACAGGGCACAGGCUAUCACCUUUCUGCCCCGCUUGCUUGCUUCCCCAAGACAUGAUCUGGCCAGCUACUCAGGAAAGCAAGAUGCUGAACGAGGCAGCCUGGGCGGCUCAUCUAGCAGCAGCAGAGCAGUUUUCACAGCGAAAGCGUGUUUCUUUUUUGCCCUCCCCUGUCCCACAGGAAGGAGUUCUGUGAGAUUUGUGUGGCCCGCGAACGCCAGACAGACCGACUGUAUAUCUGCAAGAAGUUUCUCAAGAAAGACGGGCGCAAGGUGCGAAGGGCAGCCAAGAAUGAAAUCCUCAUCCUGAAGAUGUACGUGUCUGAGAUGGGGGUUUAGGAGUGGGGGGCGGGAUGCUGGGAGUCAUCCACACUUGCCCUCGCUCUGCCACUUUCUCCCGAGGAAACCUGAUUGUGGGUUUUCCCAGGGAAAGUGGCAGGGUAAGCAGAAUGGGUGGGGUAGAAAUGUUAUUCUUACCUCCCCAAAGUCCCUUUGCCAAAGGUCCCUCCAUCCUGCAGGCAGCCCAGGUUGGCGUGUCUGUGCCAGUGGACUCCCGGGUGCUCCCUGGCCCUCAUCUGUGUAUAAAGCUUGUGUGUUUUCUCUGCUUUUCUGGGGAGAAAGAAGCUGUGCUUCUGUAAAUCAUAACACUCCCCGUAGCUUCUUUUCAGCAAACUGCCAAGUUGACAGGCUGUGGAGCGAGUUCAUGGCCACUGAGCCAGAGUUAAGCUCGCAGCUAAAUGUUCAGUUAUAGCAACGGAAGUAAAGCGUUGGCGCUGGACAGCUCCAGGAUUGUGAGGAAAUGAGACAGGGAGACUGGGGGACAUGAAAGGAGAAUAAAAAUAUUCACGAAAGCAAAUGCAUCAGGACAAAAAGGUUGCCAUCUGUUGUGGGGGUGGGGGGUGGGGUUCCACGGGAAGGCUCCUCUGGUCUUUAACAUCUCUCUUAUGAUAUAUGGUUUGAAGGCUGGUCGGUUUAAGAAAUAUUUUGUAAUUAGGAAAUUAUAUACAGUAUGUGGGUAUAUAUACGCACUGCUGCAUUAUGAGGCAGAAAUUCCACAGAUAAAGCUUUCCCUUCACCGGCUCUGCAUGCUGAGAAAAUCACCACUUGUUGAAAACUGCACCAGGUGGGGUGAUGGUGGAAAUAUAUCUAUCCUACCUAGUAAGGGCCAAGCAAGGAAACUAAAAUCCAGAGCAGAGAAGGCAGGACAUCUUGGUGGAAUAACCACAAGGUGUGCCAAAUGUGAAAUGCCUGGUUCUUAUACUGCACGAAAGGUGAGGACCCUCUGGCGUAUGGGCCAGUUUUGGCUCACCAAAUAUCCUUCUCGCUCGGCUGUUCCUGGUAAACAAGGAGGAGAGGAACAUAUGUUGCUCCAGGAUCUGGAAGGUGUUUGUAUUAAAGCCCUUCUAAAAUGGAGGGGGGGGGGGCGCUCCAUUUUAAGAGCAAGUUCAGUGCAAACUCCUUUGUGAUCCUGGAGCAAGUCUUCUGAAGAGCACAGCUUAGAAAAGGCCUGUGACUUUAUGUCAUUGUGAUGCCAAGUGGUUGACAGGUGGGUGUCAAAUCUGUCCCACAAGCGGCAGGACAGGUAGGGCUACAGCCCACUGCGCAGGGGAGGAGGGGUCCGCCUCCUGUGUUACAGCCUAGAAGUGUCCCCACAGCCGCCUCCCUUCCCUGUGGUAAGUGGGUGAAUAUGAACUUCCCCUGUGUGGCCUGGGGCAUUUGUAUUAUUUGUGUUAUUAAAUUUAUAACAAAGAAUUUGUAUACUGCCUAAUCAUAAAAACCUCUAAGCAGCUUAUGGAAGAUAUAAAAUGACAUUAAAAUCAUCAGUAACAACUGGGAGUUAAAAAUAAGACUUAACAAAUUGUAAGUAAAGCCACCAAUUACACACAAACACACACCCCCCAAAAUAAAAUUACAUAUUAAAAUACAUGCCGACUUUACACAUCUUGGCAGCCUUGCUUAAACAAAAACGCUUUUAGCAGAUACCAAGAACAAUAAAGUGAAGGUGACUGUCUAAUGUCAAUUGGCGGGCAGUUCCAGAGGGUAGAUGCUGCAGCGCUGAAAGAUUGCUGAGAACUGCAAAACAAACAUUAAGUGGCAUUUAUAAUCCCAGUAGUUUCUGGCACUGUGAUUGUUUCAUUAAUAUUUUAUACCCCCCCCCCAAUGUAUCACAAAAUUCAAAGUUAAUAAUAAUAAUAAUAAUAAUAAUAAUAAUAAUAGUUUUUUAUUAUUUAUACCCCAGCCCCCAACAGAUUAAAAACAGAAUAAAACGGGGUUUGUGUGGGGUUCCCAAGUUCUUCAGGCUGCGGAUGAAACUACAUGUGACACAGAGUUCUGUGAGGAUGUGUGAUUUCCCAUACCAACACAGAGUGCAGUUGAAGUGUGAGGAGAGAGGGCCCUUGCACUUUCUAGUCAUGCCACACCCAGCCUUGAAAAUCAUGCCUAAUCUGCUUUUAACUGCACUAGGGGGCAGGCUCCAUGUUGGGGGGACAGAACCUCAGUUAGUUAAGUUUUUCUAUUGUUUUGCUUGAUGGGGGGGGGCAGCUGCCUCCCUGCCCCCCCGGCUAUGCCCAUGCUGUUAAACCUAGCUUUUAUAGUUAAUUUUGCUGCUAACAGCAACAGAUUUCAUGCCUGCUAAAGACAACCUUAACUUGAGGUGCUAACUGCCAAAUCAUUUGGAAAAUACCCCUGUUUCUGCUUUGUAGUUGCACAGCCCAACCCAUGUGAGCACUCACAUAACUCUCACCCUCAUUUUGUGCUAGCAUUUGCUAGGGGGAAAGGAGGAAUAUUAAUAUUUCUCUUUAAGCGAGUCUCCGUUUCUGCGAGGCAGGUAGAUGUAAAAGAAAGAAAGAAAGAAAGAAAGAAAGAAAGAAAGAAAGAAAGAAAGAAAGACUAAGGCAGAGAGAGCCAAAAGGGAAAGGUGGCAGCCCCUCACCUGUUUCCAUCCCAAACUGCAAGCAGCCAACCCUCCCCGCAUCUCUGUUUGCCACCAUCAAAGCUGUGCGCUUGAUUCCCUGCUCAACCUGACAUCAUCAGAGCUGGUUUUAGCCUCUUUAGACGUCUAAAGGCCAGGCAUGCAUUAUUGACUAGGGCCUUGGGGGCUGGCUGGGAUUUCUGCUGAUUUGGUCUUUGCACAAAUGGUCCCUCAGGUGCAAACAACAAAGCCAAACUGGCAGGGGACAGGCAGCAAGAAUGGUGGAAGGAGUCAGAUCAGGAGAGAGAGGAGAUGGAGGACUGGGCUGGUACUGAAGCAGUUCGGAGGGGUGGGGAGUGGAUACUCAUGGAGGGAGCAGACAGGAGCCCAUGCAUCUCUGCAUUUUUCUUCCAGGGUGAGUCACCCCAACAUCUUGCAACUGAUUGACACCUUUGAGACGAGGAAGGAAUUCUACAUCAUCCAGGAACUGUAAGUUUCACUGGGAGGUGUAGGCGUACUGUGACAUGUCAGGCACAAAUGUGCCCAAGAAGCAGCUGGUUGAGAGGGCAAGGAGCCCUUCCACCUGCCCUGAACGUCAUCAUCACCCUCAUCCCACCUGAAGGGCUUGGGGCAGGUUAGAACAAUUAAAGUACAAUGCUGAAAGCAGUUAAAAACAACUUACUAUCACAGAAAUAAUGCCAGUGCCAUUUCAAUUUGUGUAAAGCUGAUUAAACCAUGCUAGGUGUUUGUGUGCGCUUGACUGGGUACUGAGAACUGCUUGGUUGGGCUGUGUCUUUGAACUCUGAUAAUGCCUCUCACCUGCCAAGUGGAGGCUAGACAGGGGCAUAUUUAAAGCAAUCUCACUUUGCAAAAGUAACAUUUGCAUUAGCUGCUCUGCCCACUUUUGCCUCUGAAUGUUUGCACAUCUCUGCUACUUUUAUAUCCCACCUUGACUCCAAGGAACUCAAGGUAGCAAACAUGGUCCACCCCUUGUCCAUUUUAUCCUCACAACCACCCUGUGAAGUAGGUCAGACUGGCUGCUUCGCUUAAGGUCCCCCAAGUGAGCGUUGUGGCUGAGUGGGGAUUUGAACUCUGAUCUCCCGGGGUCCUAGUCUUUGGAAGAGCAACGUAGGAAUCACUUGGGCUGUCACUUUUCUGCAAUCCAUUCUGUUGUCUGGCUACUCCGAAUCCAGCAGUGCCCAGCGGGGAAUGGGGUGUGCUGCCCUCUUUCCGUUGAUUCCACAACUCACGCUGAAUUCUGUGUGUCGCCUGCAGGGCCACUGGUGGGGAUGUUUUUGACUGGAUCCUGGACCAGGGCUACUACACGGAAAAGGAUGCCAGCAAUGUUGUCCGGCAGGUGCUGGAGGCAUUGGCUUAUUUACAUAACCUGCACAUUGUUCAUCGCAAUCUCAAGGUAAGGAAAGAUUCCUGGAUCCCAGGCCUGACAUGCUCAGAGUGACCUCCCUCCCUCUGAUGGGCCUUUCACUCUUCCAACAAGAGGAAAGGGCCCAGAGGGACCCGGAUUACAUUUGUACUGCACUGUACCGUUUUAGGGCUGGGGAGAGAUGAUGGCUAACUUUGUUCACCUGUGUCUCUGCUGCCUCCAGCUGGAGAAUCUCAUGUACUACAACCAGAACAAUCGCUCCAAGGUGGUACUGCGGGAUUUUUACCUCUCACGCUUCGAGAACGGGGCCAUCACAGAACCAUGCGGGACCCCUGAAUAUUUGGGUAUGGAUAUGUCUUUCCCUUUCCCAGAGCUGGAUUAAAAACUAAGAGGCAUGAUUUCUCCUCCCCUGUACAGCUCUAACUGGCCUUCAUGGCACAUUGACAGAAACGAGGAGCUUUGUAGGCUGCCCAACACUUCUUUCCUCACAGGCAAAAAUUCAACAGAUAGAGCCAUCCUUCUGGCACAGAGACACAGUGACAAAGAAGACAUUGCCUUUUGCAUUUCUGCCUUCCAUACGGCUGCUAACAGCACACCACCUUAGCGGGGGGGGGGGGCUGGGAAGGUGAAAAGAAGCACCUGGGCACCUGCCUCCUAACACCACUAGUUUUGUCUUUCUUUUUUUAAAAUAAUAUUUAUUAAGAGUUUAAAGAUUACAGAAAAAGGAAAGAAAGAGAGAAAAAAUAAACAAUACAAAUCAAUACAUUACUAUACAUAAAAAACAAAAAACACAAUACAUCAAAACAAAAGCAAAAACAAUUAAAAACACAUCCAAUAUUUCCAUAUCUUCGUCUUUCAUUAACUUGUUUCAUCGACCUCCUCACACCUCCCUUUUUUGUGUUCUAAUUAUUAAUUAUUUCAGCAAAUCCAUUUUUCACUAUUUUCUGUCAUAUAAUUGUCAUAAUUUAUUUUAACCUUAUCUUACCAUUAAUACCCUGAAACUUAUUUGUACUUAACUCCUUAUAACAUUUCUACUAAAGCCAUGUAAUUUCAUUCCAACAUUUUUCUAACACUCAUUAAUUUUACAAUGUUUCUAUAAAUAAAUUUUAAACUUUUUCCAAUCUUCUUCCACCGUCUCUUCUCCCUGGUCUCGGAUUCUGCCAGUCCUUUCUAUCAAUUCCAUAUGGUCCAUCAACCUGGUGAUCUUCUGUCCGAGGCUCUUAACUCUUUUCCAUGUCCCUUCUGCAGAUCUUCUUCAUAUUUAUACAUGCACUUUACUUUAUCUUCUGCUGAUCUUAUUCUUAAUUUCCUUCCUUUGACACUGAGGAGUAGAUCUUGGGGAAGCUCCAACCUAACAAUGUCUUUAUUCCUUCUCGUCAGGUCAGCCCAUUCUCCAUAGUCAAAACUAGAGUCCAAAAGAUAUUUCAGGACGUGUUUCAACUGGCUUUCUCUAAAUUCAAUCGUAGAAGGCAACAGCUUAUAUUCAUCAAAUUGUCUCUGUAAGACUGGGGCUCUCUCCACUUGUAUUACUUGAGGUUCUACAACAACUUUCUCCCUCGUCUUCUCCACAACUUGCCAUGUCGAAGUAGAUUCCUGAAUCGAUUCCUGAGUAGUUUCUGUAUAGAUAUUCACUUCUUGUCCCAAAUCAGUCAUUUUUUGUCCCAAAUUGUCAAUUUUAAUAGUCAUCACAUCCAUCUUCUCAUGAAGCUGUUCCAAUAAAACCCUUAUCUUGCAAAAUGCAAUCACUAAGGCUUCUUCUGUCGACAUUCUUGUCCAAGGGCAAUCUCUGAUUCUCAUGGUCUUUUAUCUCUGCAGCUAGAAAAUUCCCCAGCUCCACUCCUGCAACAGUUUCAAAAGCUCCCUCUAGAGGAAACAAUUUCUAUUUGUAUCCGUCCUUUUAAACGCAGAUCCAGCAACAAAGUUAGUUUCAAUCUUUCAGUUACUUUUGCUCCUUUUUGAGUGCAAAAGGAAACAAUGGAAACAAUAUAUUUCUCUUAUUUAACUAUCUGUCAACGUACGCUUUAUUCACAGUCAAUGAACUUUCCCAAAACGUCAAUCUUAGUGGCAGCCCGUUCCCAGGUUCAAAACAGUGGUAAUUUGUCUUUCUUCACUCUCUCUCCUGCAGGCUUAGGCAAUCUAAAAUUUCCCCCCUCUUCUCCUGCUUCCAAGGGGGGUUUGAUAAUUUUAAUCCUUUACAAAAGGCUCUCCAAGACUUUAGCUUGCAGCGUCUUUGCUCAAUCUAUUUACAAAAGAGGAAGGCGGACUUCCUGUUUGAAACCUUCCCGUUUCGGCGCUGAAUUAAGAUGUUUAAAGAUCCAAUUUUCCGUUCUACUCACGGGUAGUUGUUUAAAGUCCAAUUGUCCACAGGAAAAAGUCAGCGCUCUCCGGCAACGGCAAUGCAGCUUCACUCCGUGAAAGAAGCAGUCGAUUCGAAGCACCGCGCCGCUCACCCCACGUCGCUCCGGAUCCCCGAAACCGGGUUUCCCCGUGAAUAGGGGAGGCGCAAAAGGUGCCAGCCGAAUCCCACGUCCACAGGCUUCUCCCGCCUGUGGUUUUUAGUGGGUCUCCGCCUUCGCUGUGGUGGCCAGACCCUGAUUUCCACGGAGCGGAUUCCUCCCGAUCAGAGGAAUUCCGCCAUUGCCGGAGGCGCUAACCCGGAAGUUCCACCACUAGUUUUGUCUUAACCAGCUCUUAAAUGUUUUCCCCCUCUGACCCAUAUGUUUCUCUCCCCACAGCUCCUGAAGUGGUUGCUCGGCAACGCUAUGGACGUCCUGUUGACUGCUGGGCUGUUGGAGUUAUCAUGUUUAUUCUGUGAGUUCCACCAGCAUUUGUGUGUGUGUGUGUGUGUGUGUGUGUGUGUGGAAAAGGUGGGCAGAAAGGAACCUAGGAAAGGCCAAAGUGGCAGUCUCACAACAAGCUUGACAGACAUGAUUCGCCAGACAUCUGACCCACAGGUACGGCCUCUGAUUGGCAGACACAAAGCACAGGGCCUUCAGGGCAGGUCUUCAGAUGUUCCUUGAAGACUCAUUUCUUCCCGUCUGCCUUUCUUUGGCCACAUUUUUUACUGCUGAUUCCUGAGACUAGAUGCUUCCAUAUUCUUAUUUAUUUUUUUAACCACUCAACUCUACCCCCACUGGAUCUCCUUUAGUUAUAUGCUGCCUUGCGAGGCUAUUCCCUGAGAGGUGGAAUAUAUGAUUAUUUCAAUGAUGUGUUUGAUUCAGAAUUGCUUGGGUCCAAGUCUUCUGUUGCCUUGUAAUGAUUUGAUUCACCCCUAUUACCUGCCCCCCCCCCAAAAACAGGCUGUCUGGGAACCCCCCGUUCUACGAUGAUACAGAUGAUGAGAACAGCAAUAGCCACAACCGCCGGAUAUUCCGCAAAAUUCUGGCUGGGGACUACGACUUUGACUCCCCCUAUUGGGAUGACAUCUCUCUUGCCGGUAAGAGAGGGAGGCCUGACCAGGACUCUGGGAACUGACUCGAUUCUGACCAGACUCCUCUAGCCUAGUCUAGACAUGCAAAUGAAUGAGACAGUAGAAUCCCAAGACGGAAAGUGGGCGAUUUCAGGCUUCAAGUGGGAAGGACAUUGGUUGUUAAUAUAAAACUCUGCCUGUUUGUUUAAAUGAAUGAAUGAAGAAAGCACACAUGGGGAGAGCAUCUUUUAGCACAAUCUUCUGUGUGGGUUGAUUUGGUUAAAAGGAAAACAGAUAUGCUAUAAUAAAAGGAUAAUACCCUGGAUGCCAAGAUCUGGGUUUGGAGCAAGUGCAGUCAUACCUCGGAAGUUGAACAGACUCCGUUCGACUUCUGAAAUGUUCAACUUCCAAAGUGCGGCUUCUGAUUAACUGCAGGAAGCUCCUGCAGUCAAUUGGAAGCUGCGGAAGCUCCAUCGGACUUUUGGCUUCCGAAAGAACAUUCAACAACUGGAACCCUCCCAGUUUUUGAUUGUUCGGAAGUCGAAACGUUCGACUCCCAAGGCGUUCAGGAGCCGAGGCAUGACUGUACUCUUUGGCAAGAGAGCCUCAGCGGAUUUUCAAUCACAAAACAUGCAGGACUAAUAUAAGCCUGGCAGGACAGCUUACUCUAUGGUUUUAACCCCUUCAUGCAUUAAUUAGAGUUUAGCAUGUUGGUUAUAUGAGGCUGGGUAUCUCACACACUCCUCACUGUGGUGGUCUUCUUUCCACCCCCCAAAACUACAUAAGGAAUUCAAAAUGUAUGCUCCUCUUGUUACUUGAAAUGGUAAAGUCCAUUCUACCACGGAACAUGUAUUCCAACCUUGCUCUGGGUCACGGGGGGGACGGGGGACAGAGACGACGAUUGUUCACUUUCUUUAAUGUUUCCCACCAACCACCCUUUUCCUUUCUCCCAUGCAGCCAAAAAGUUGGUGUCACAGCUUAUGGAAGUUGACCAGGACCAACGAAUCACUGCCCAGGAGGCACUGGGACAUAUCUGGUGAGAAUUCACCAUUCAUGAGGCCCUCCCUGGGCCCUCAACAUACAUGUGCAUGGGGGAAAAUUGGUUGCUUAUUACAUAUUGCAGCAUUUAUUAGAUGACUAUGAAUGAAACUAAAUUCUAUCAAUACUAGCAGGACGUGUGUGAAUGUGUGUGGAAAACAUGCCUAUAAUCUGCCCCAUUUCUUCCCCAUCCGUAUUUUCCUCCUGCCUUUCAUUAACAAACUGGAGUGACUGGCUUAGUACUAUGUGUGAACCAGCACCCAUAAGCUGUUUCUGCUGAACAAACUAUGAACCACAGGGCCAGUUCUACCAUUAGGAAGAUUGGGGCAAUGGCUUCAGGCAGCAGAUUCUGGGGAGCAAUGGGAACAGCCCUGCAGCUCUUCCCCCUGAGCCCCCUGGACAUACCCUUCUUUUGUGAACUGAGUGUGCCAGGAGGCCUACCCUGCACCCUCAUAACUACCCUUCUUCCUGCAGGUAUGGCGGGGCAUAUUAUCCCAAUACUAGCAUUGAAGUAAGACUAGCUGACCUCUGAACAUGGAAUAGGAGAAGGGUGCUACUUUGUCCAUUUGAGGCAGCCAAAUGACCUGGGCUUGCCCUGGCAAGCAGGAAGCCAAGAAAAAUCAUAGAGAGCAGUGUGGUGUAGUGGUUAAGAACGGUAGACUCAUAAUCUGGUGAACUGGAUUCGCUUCCCUGCUCCUCCACAUGCAGCUGCUGGGUGACCUUGGGCCAGUCACACUUCUCUGAAGUCUCUCAGCCCCACUCACCUCACAGAGUGUUUGUUGUGGGAGAGGAAGGGAAAGGAGAAUGUUAGCCGCUUUGAGACUCCUUCGGGUAGCGAUAAAGCGGGAUAUCAAAUCCAAACUCUUCUCUUCUUCUUCUUCUUCUUCCACUCCUGGUGGUGUUUUUGAGAGAGAAACAAACUGCAAAUGCUGGUUUGCACACGGUGGUGAACUAGCCACUCUCUGUGUGUUCCUGUUCUAGGAAGAGAAGACCAAAGUGGGACUAACAAAUGUUACUAAUAACAAAUAAUAAUAAUAAUAAUAAUAAUAAUAAUAAAAUAAUAAUAGGGCCAUAGUCAAACAACACUGUCUUAGUACUGCAGUCCAAGACACACAUACCUUGGAGUAAGCCCCACUGAAAUGAACAGGAUUUACUUCUGAGUAGGCAUGCCUGGGAUUAUUCUGCACGUGAGGCAUUCCCAUGUUUGGGAAUGCUUCUUCUAUUUAUUUAUUUUUAAUAAUUUUUAUUGAAUGAUUUAUAUCACAAAAAACACAGCCAUACCACCACAAAAUACAACCGAGAAAUAAAAAUCACAUACAACAAUAUUUUGUUUGUUAUUUAUUUAUUUAUUUUGGUUUUACUAUUCAGUAGUUCUCUUUCAAAUCUUGAAGGCUCCUUUUCAAAACCUAUUUGCUUGUCCUGUCUGAACACUUCAUUCACCUGGAAGUAUUCUAGCCAAUUAGAAAAGUGAUCUUUUAUUUUCUCAUAACUUAUCAAUAAUAGUUGACCUUCUUCCUCCCUGAAUAUUGUGUUAUACGUUAUCCAGUUCUCUUUGAUGUUAUUAAUAUUUUUUUAACAGUGAUUGCUUCUAGUGGAGAAUUCCAUCUUGGGGUUUUCCGUUCCAAAUAUCCUUUGUAUUUUUCCCAUACCAUAUAUAUAGCAUUUCGUAUUGUAUGGUUUGAGAAACUCCUAUGCGCCUUUAUCUUCCUGUAAUUAAGAUAGCCAUGCCACCCAAAGCAGGUAUCAUGGCCUUCUAGAUCUAAAAUAUCCCAAUUUUUUAAUGUACAUCAAUCUUUCAACCAGAAAAGACAUGAGGCUUCGUAAUAUAGCUUCAAAUCCGUUAACCCGUAGCUACCUCUUUCUAUAGUAUCUAUUAAUAUCUUAUGCUUAACUCUUGGUCUUUUACCCUUCCACAAAAAUUUAGAAAUUUCUUUUUGCCACUUGUUGAUACUGCUGGUCUUUCCUAUAAUUGGAAUCAUUUGGAACAGAAAGAGUAGCUUUGGUAAAACUAUCAUUUUAAUUACCGAAAUACGGCCCAAGAAUGAUAAAUUUAACCUAGUCCAUGUUUCCAACUGUCUUUUGAUAUCUUUCCAACAAUUGGUAUAAUUAUGUUCAUAUAGAAUCAUAGAAUCAUAGAGUUGGAAGAGACCACAAGGGCCAUCGAGUCCAACCCCCUGCCAAGCAGGAAACACCAUCAGAGCACUCCUGACAUAUGGUUGUCAAGCCUCUGCUUAAAGACCUCCAAAGAAGGAGACUCCACCACACUCCUUGGCAGCAAAUUCCACUGUCGAACAGCUCUUACUGUCAGGAAGUUCUUCCUAAUGUUUAGGUGGAAUCUUCUUUCUUGUAGUUUUUUUUUUUUUUUUAAUGAUAUUUAUUAAAAUUUCAAAAGAAAAAGAUCACAUUAAUAAGAAAAUUAACAAUAAAAAGGAAAAAUACAAAAUACAAAGUACAAAAAAAAAAACCAGUUAAAAACAAUUCCAUCUUUUCAUCACUUCUUUUACAUUUACUUGUUUCCCGGACCUCCUCAUACCUCCCUCUUUUGUAUUCCAAUUCAGUUUGUUAGUCCAGCGAUUCCUUUCCCUCCUUUUUAAUCCUGAUCAUUAAUCUUGAUAUAUUAUAACAUUAAAUUUUUACCUAUUAAAAACCAAUUUUUCCAUUUUUUUUUAUACCAUUACCGCUAGAAACCGCUUAACUUCAAUCCGUCAUCAUUCUAACAUUCAUUAAUUUUACAAUAUUUCUGUAAGUAAUCUUUAAAUUUCUUCCAAUCUUCUUCCACCGACUCUUCUCCCUGGUCUCGGAUUCUGCCAGUCAUUUCCGCCAAUUCCAUAUAGUCCAUCAUUUUCAUCUGCCAUUCCUCCAGUGUGGGUAGAUCUUGUGUCUUCCAAUGCUUUGCAAUAACUAUUCUUGCUGCUGUUGUAGUAUACAUAAAAAAAGUUCUGUCCUUCUUUAACACUGAUUGGUUGACUAUGCCCAGGAGAAAGGCCUCUGGUUUCUUCAAGAAGGUAUAUUUAAAUACCUUUUUCAGUUCAUUAUAUAUCAUUUCCCAGAAAGCCUUAAUCCUUGGGCACGUCCACCAAAGGUGAAAGAAUGUACCUUCAGUUUCUUUACAUUUCCUCUUCUUUCUUGUAGUUUGGAUCCAUUGCUCCGUGUCCGCUUCUCUGGAGCAGCAGAAAACAACCUUUCUCCCUCCUCUAUGUGACAUCCUUUUAUAUAUUUGAACAUGGCUAUCAUAUCACCCCUUAACCUCCUCUUCUCCAGGCUAAACAUGCCCAGCUCCCUUAGCCGUUCCUCAUAAGGCAUCGUUUCCAGGCCUUUGACCAUUUUGGUUGCCCUCCUCUGGACACGUUCCAGUUUGUCAGUGUCCUUCUUGAACUGUGGUGCCCAGAACUGGACACAGUACUCCAGGUGAGGUCUGACCAGAGCAGAAUACAGUGGCACUAUUACUUCCCUUGAUCUAGAUGCUAUACUCCUAUUGAUGCAGCCCAGAAAUGCAUUGGCUUUUUAGCUGCCGCGUCACACUGUUGGCUCAUGUCAAGUUUGUGGUCAACCAAGACUCCUAGAUCCUUUUCACAUGUACUGCUCUCAAGCCAGGUGUCCCCCAUCUUGUAUUUGUGCCUCUCAGUUUUUUGCCCAAGUGCAAUACUUUACAUUUCUCCCUGUUAAAAUUCAUCUUGUUUGUUUUGGCCCAGUUCUCUAAUCUGUCAAGGUCGUUUUGAAGUGUGAUCCUGUCCUCUGGGGUGUUAGCCACCCCUCCCAGUUUGGUGUCAUCUGCAAAUUUGAUCAGGAUGCGCUUGAGUCCAUCAUCCAAGUCGUUGAUAAAGAUGUUGAAUAAGACCGGGCCCAAGACAGAACCCUGUGGCACCCCACUAGUCACUCUUCUCCAGGAUGAAGAGGAACCACUGAUGAGCACCCUUUGGGUUCGGUCAGUCAGCCAGUUACAAAUCCACUGAGUGGUAGCAUAGUCAAGACCGCAUUUUACCAGCUUCUUUACAAGAAUAUCAUGGGGCACCUUGUCAAAUGCCUUCCUGAAAUCAAGGUAGACUACAUCCACUGCGUUCCCUUCAUCUACCAGGCUUGUAAUUCUGUCAAAAACGAGAUCAGGUUAGUCUGACAUGACUUAUUUUUCAGAAAUCCAUGCUGACUAUUGGUGAUCACAGCAUUCCUUUCUAGGUGCUCACAGACUGUUUGCUUAAUGAUCUGCUCCAGAAUCUUCCCUGGUAUUGAUGUCAGACUGACUGGGCGGUAAUUAUUUGGGUCCUCUCUUUCCCCUUUUUGAAAAUAGGGACAACAUUUGCCCUCCUCCAGUCUGCCGGGACUUCGCCUGUUCUCCAGGAAUUCUCAAAGAUGACUGCCAGUGGUUCUGAGAUCACAUCUGCCAGUUCUUUUAAUACUCUUGGAUGCAGUUCAUCUGGCCCUGGAGACUUGAAUACAUCUAAACUAGCCAACUAUUCUUGUACUAUCUCCUUAGUUAUUUCCUCUGUGUUUCCUCUGCUGAAUCCUUUGCUCCAAAUUCUUCAGGUCGGGCAUUGUUUUCUUUAUCGGAGAAGACUGAGGCAAAGAAGGCAUUGAGGAGUUCAGCCCUUUCUGUGUCCCCUGUUUGCAUUUCACCAUCUUCUCCUCUGAGUGACCCCACUGUUUCUUUGUUCUUCCUUUUGCUACGAACAUACCCAUAAAAGCCGUUUUUGUUGCUUUUAACCUCUCUAGCAAGCCUGAGUUCAUUCUGUGCUUUAGCUUUUCUGACUUUGUGUCUACACGUGCUGGCUAUUUGUUUGAAUUCCUCUUUGGUGGUUUCCCUUUUCCAUUUUUUGUACACAUCCUUUUUAAAUCUUAACUCAGUUAAAAGUUCUUUAGAUAGCCACCCUGGCUUCUUUAGGUACCUUCCAUGUUUCCGUCUCAUUGGUAUUGCCUGAAGUUGUGCUUUUACUAUCUCCCUCUUAACAAACUCCCAGCCAUCAUGAACUCCCUUUCCUUUUAGUAUUACUGUCCAUGGGAUCUCACCCAGCACUUCCCUAAGUUUUAUGAAGUCGGCUUUCUUAAAGUCAAGAAAUUGAGUCCUAGUAUGCUUGGCUGCUCCUUUCCGCUGUAAGAGCAUGAUCACUCGCGCCUAAUGAUCCUUCCACUUCUACCCCACUAACCAGGUCAUCAACACUGGUUAGAACCAGAUCUAAAAUGGCUGUUCCUCUUGUUGCUUCUCCCACUUUCUGGACAAUGAAGUUGUCUGCAAGGCCAGUGAGGAAUCUGUUUGACCUUAUGCUCUUGGCUGAGUUUGACAUCCAACAAAUAUCCGGGUAAUUGAAGUCCCCCAUUACUACUAUCUCCCUUCCUUUUGCAUGCUUGGCCAUCUGUUCCAGGAAGGCAUCAUCUAUGUCCUCCGUUUGGCUUGGGGAUCUAUAGUAAACGCCCACAAUGAGGUCACUGUUAUUCUUCUCUCCCUUAAUUUUGACCCAAAUGCUCUCACUUUGGCUUUGAGGUUCUAAAUCUUGGAUCUCUUCACAGGUAUACACAUCCCUGACAUAUAACGCCACUCCUCCUCCUUUCUUGUCUGGUCUGUUUCUCUGAAAUAGAUUGUAUCCCCCCAUUAUUACAUUCCAAUCGUGGGACUUAUCCCACCAGGUUUCAGUGAUGCCUAUUAUGUCAUAUUUAGUUUGCUGUACCAAGAGCUCAAGCUCAUCUUCUUUAUUUCCCAUGCUUUGCGCAUUAGUGUACAGACAUUGAAGUCCAUUAAUCAUUCCCCCGUGUCUCUUAUUUAAGGAUUUUUUCCUCCCACCACUAGGUCUGCGUGCUGUUUGCUCCAUUUGGUCUAUGACAUUUGGAUGAUCAUCUUCAUCAAUUGAUAGAUUCCUACCUUCAGGAGCACUGUCUCCCUCCCCCACAUUAGUCAGUUUAAAGCCCUCCUGAUGAGGUUUCUGAGAUUUUUGGCAAAAACAUUCUUCCUAACUGUUGUGAGGUGCAGCCCAUCGCUUGCCAGAAGUCCAUCUUCAAGAAACUGCAGUCCGUGAUCUAAGAAUCCAAACCGUUAAUAUAAUAUAAAUAUAAGUUAAUAUUCUUUGGUGUUAUCCAUAAUCCUAAAUACUUGAUUUUGGGGUAGAUUGUAAUUUGUAUUAUUUUUUCUAAUUCUGCUUUUUCAUCUGGCGACAGAUUUUUAACUAAUAGUUUUGUCUUGUUUAGAUUCAGUUUAAACCCCGCAACUUUACCGUAGCCAUGUAUUAUUUCCAGCGCCUUUGUUAAAACUCUGUUUUGGUUGCUCUGUAGUUAUAAUUAAAUUGUCAGCAAAUGCCCUCAUUCUGUAACUUCUAUUUCCCCGCAUAAUCCCUUUUAUUUCUUUUUCCUCCCUAAUUCGUUUACAUAAAACUUCCAAUGUUAAUAUGAAGAUUAAGGGGGAUAGUGGGCAGCCUUGUCUGACCCCUUUACUGAUUUCACACUCCUGUGAUAUAUUUCCAUUUAUUAUUUUAGCUUUUUGUUUUGAAUAUAUUGCUUCAAUCCCUUUUAUAUACUUUAUACCAAAAUCCAUAUGAUAUAAUAGACCUUUCAUAAAUUUCCAGGAGACGUUUUUUGACAGAAUUACAAGCCUGGUAGAUGAAGGGAACGCAGUGGAUGUAGCCUACCUUGAUUUCAGCAAGGCAUUUGACAAGGUGCCCCAUGAUAUUCUUGUAAAGAAGCUGGUAAAAUGCGGUCUUGACUAUGCCACCACUCAGUGGAUUUGUAACUGGCUGACUGACCGAACCCAAAGGGUGCUCAUCAAUGGUUCCUCUUCAUCCUGGAGAAGAGUGACUAGUGGGGUGCCACAGGGUUCUGUCUUGGGCCCGGUCUUAUUCAACAUCUUUAUCAACGACUUGGAUGAUGGACUCAAGGGCAUCCUGAUCAAAUUUGCAGAUGACACCAAAUUGGGAGGGGUGGCUAACACCCCAGAGGACAGGAUCACACUUCAAAACGACCUUGACACAUUAGAGAACUGGGCCAAAACAAACAAGAUGAAUUUUAACAGGGAGAAAUGUAAAGUAUUGCACUUGGGCAAAAAAAUGAGAGGCACAAAUACAAGAUGGGGGACACCUGGCUUGAGAGCAGGACCGGUGAAAAGGCUCUAGGAGUCUUGGCUGACCACAAACAUGACAUGAGCCAACAGUGUGACGCGGCAGCGAAGAAAGCCAAUGCAAUUCUGGGCUGCAUCAAUAGGAGUAUAGCAUCUAGAUCAAGGGAAGUAAUAGUGCCACUGUAUUCUGCUCUGGUCAGACCUCACCUGGAGUACUGUGUCCAGUUCUGGGCACCACAGUUCAAGAAGGAUACUGACAAACUGGAACGUGUCCAGAGGAGGGCAACCAAGAUGGUCAAAGGCCUGGAAACGAUGCCUUAUGAGGAACGGCUAAGGGAGCUGGGCAUGUUUAGCCUGGAGAAGAGGAGGUUAAGGGGUGAUAUGAUAGCCAUGUUCAAAUAUAUAAAAGGAUGUCACAUAGAGGAGGGAGAAAGGUUGUUUUCUGCUGCUCCAGAGAAGCGGACACGGAGCAAUGGAUCCAAAUUACAAGAAAGAAGAUUCCACCUCAACAUUAGGAAGAACUUCCUGACAGUAAGAGCUGUUUGACAGUGGAAUUUGCUGCCAAGGAGUGUGGUAGAGUCUCCUUCUUUGGAGGUCUUUAAGCAGAGGCUUGACAACCAUAUGUCAGGAGUGCUCUGAUGGUGUUUCCUGCUCGGCAGGGGGUUGGACUCGAUGGCCCUUGUGGUCUCUUCCAACUCUAUGAUUCUAUGAUUCUAUGAUUCUAACCCUGUCAAAAGCUUUUUCAGCAUCUACAGCCAUUAAGACUGCCUUCUUUUCUAUUCUUAAAUCUAAAUACUUUAAUAAGUUUAUGAUGUUUCUAGUGUUGCUAUGAAUGUGUCUCCCGGGCAAAAAGCCAGCUUGGUCAUUGUGUAUAAUCAUCUGGAAGACUUUUUUGGAUCUUUCAGCUAGAAUAUUUGCAUAUAAUUUAUAAUCGUUAUUUAGAAGUGCAAUAGGCCUAUAGUUGUUAAUAAUUACAGUGGUGCCCCGCAAGACGAAUGCCUCGCAAGACGGAAAACCCGCUAGACGAAAGGGUUUUCCGUUUUUCAAUGCGCUUCGCAGGACGAAUUUCCCUAUGGGCUUGCUUCGCAAGACGAAAAUGUCUUGCGAGUCUUGAGAUUUUUUUCACUCCCCCCCCCUUUUUCUAAGCUGCUAAGCCUUUAAUAGCCGCUAAACUGCUAAUAGCGCUAAUCUGCUAAGCCGCUAAUAGGGUUGCUUCGCAAGACAAAAAACCGCUAGACGAAGAUACUCGCGGAACGGAUUAAUUUCGUCUUGUGAGGCACCACUGUAGAUGGUCCGUUCCCUGUUUUGGAAUUCAUGCAAUAAGGCUGUCUUUCCAAGAGUCCAGCAUGAUUCCAUCUUUUAAGAUGUUGUUCAUGAUAUUUCUUAAUGGGUCAGACAGGAUGUCCUCAAUUUUUUUGUAAUAUAUUGCUUCUUCUAAGAGAGCAACCCACUGUGUUGUAUCAUUCAAGCUCAGCCUGACAUGCCCAUUGUACAGCCUGGACAAGUGUCCACUAUUUCGAGACCUAUCAGGGUGUACUUAUGCUCCUUGUCACUGCAGUUAUAUUCUGAUCUCAAAGAACAUACCCAAGUACAGACCACUCUCUGGAGGUGACAGACUUGUGCAAUGGGUAUGAAUCUGGUUUCCUGCCUAGGACUUUCAAUCAGUCCAUCUAGAGGGAAUAUUUCAUCCCACAUCCAGCCUCUCUCUGGGGCUCCAUAAGGUAUGUUCAGGUGCACAGAUCCUUGGGAGAGGUUUUUUUCUGACCUGCUAACAUUUGAAUUUGGCAAGACCUUGGGAGGGAGAAGGCCUCCUCAAUGGCUGCUCCUAGGUUCUACUAGGUGUAGUGGUGUAGUGGUUAAGAGCGGUAGUCUCGUAAUCUGGGGAACCGGGUUUGCGUCCCUGCUCCUCCACAUGCAGCUGCUGGGUGACCUUGGGCUAGUCACACUUCUCUGAAGUCUCUCAGCCCCACUCACCUCACAGAGUGUUUGUUGUGGGGGAGGAAGGGAAAGGAGAAUGUUAGCUGCUUUGAGACUCCUUAAAGGGAGUGAAAGGCGGGAUAUCAAAUCCAAACUCUUCUUCUUCUUCUUCUACUAGCAAAUACAUUUUCAUUUAGAUAGGCCUUUGGCCCAUAAGCUGUAUGUAGUCAUUGGUGUUCACUGUUUUUUUACUACAGUAUUCCAUUUGGUAGAGAGGCAGGAUACUAAAUAUGCCUCCCACAACCGUGCCAACUUGCAGGUGUCCCCAGAGCCUUUUCCUUAUUUCUGGUUCUUGUCUAAGAACACUAGGAAAACCAGGUGGUAAAAACACUGAAUUGUCCCUGUAUUAUUGAAAGCCUACACUCUCUCACCUGCAUUUCUACCUUCUUUACCUCUCAGGAUAUCUGGAAACAUUGCCUCUGAAAAGAACCUCAAGGAAGGGGUCUGUGCCCAGAUUGAAAAGAACUUUGCCAAGGCCAAAUGGAGGGUAAGUGAGUCACAUGUCACAUGGUGGCGCUGUGGGGAAGGAAGGGGAGUAGAGAGCAGUGGUCAGCCACUUUAUCUUAGCCAAAAGGCUGAGAGGCUAUUGAAAUCCAGCAAUUUUGAUCAGAGUCCCUUGGCUCCAAAUGCAGCUCCCUCACCAGAGGCAGAGUUGGAGGAAGAAGGGCAUGGGAUCGGUCAAAAAUAUGUAUCUUAUUAAAAAACAGCUCAUGCCUUUCUCCUGAAAUAUUACAGCACUUGUGGAAAUCAACAAGAUUAGCGUCCCAUGUGAAGAAUGUGUCCUGACCACACUGCAUGUGGUCCAGUCAGUCUUAGCUGGAAUCCAACUGGGCAGCAACAAUUUUGCUGUGACCCACUUGGUGCUGCCUCAUGACCCACCGGUGGGUUCUGACCCACAGGCUGAAGACCUCUGAUCUAGGCAGUAAUAAGAAUUAUGAUGUUGUAGGAAGCAGAUACACUGCAGGGGAGUCUCGGGAACCAGGAAGUGUUCUGGGGCACAGACUAAGUUGACAUGAAGUGCUGGCCAGGCCUAUGGGACCAACCUUUCCAUUGUGGCUCUGGCCUCAAGCUCAGGGUGAAAGGAGGAGGAUGAGCUAGCUGAGUCUGAGGCUCUUCAGUCUUUCCCUAUGCAUCAGCAACCCAAUUCGAUGUGACGUGAUGUGUCUUUCAAAGUCAAUGGUUCCAGGAAAUCUGUAGACAGCUUCCCUGGAACCAUUGCAAGCAGGGCAGAGAUGGCGCUGUGCUCUGUCCUGCUUACCAGUUUUGGCAGCCUAGGCUAUGAAUGUCUCUGCCUGUCGUACCCUUGUCACCAGGAGACUCAGGAAAAAUUGGGGGGCUGGGGGCCAUUAUUUGACAUUGCCCUUCUUUUUGCAGAAAGCCAUUCGUGUUACUACAUUCAUGCAACGUCUCCGGGCUCCCGAUGUUGGUGGCCGUCUGCCCGUGACUCCGCGUUCCUCCAUGAGCGUUGCUCAUGAGGUCACCAUUGAGGCACCCAGGCUGGCCGAACGUUUGGAGACUCCAUGCACACCGCAGGAGCAGCAGAGCAAGAUAGAGGAAGUCACGGAGGCGGAGGAAUAAUGGCCCCUGCUUCCCCGAUCCCAUAUUCUGAUGCCUUCUCUGCUCUUGGAAGGGGUGGGUGGGGUCUGUGGGACAGUAGUUAGGGUAGUUAUGGGGCAAGGAACUAGGGAGACCCUUAGCAGUGUUAUUCCCUCCCCCCACCCCUGCCAUUGGUCAGGAGCAAGAGCUAUUUGGUUUGGACAGACAGGCAACCAAAAGGAGAGAUGGACCCGACCCCACAGAGAUGUGUAUGGGAAGGGAGGACUGAGCAUAAGAAAUAUGGUAGGACAGGGUGGUGGUCAGCUACCCCACCCCCAGCUCCCUGGAAAAUGCACCUGUCUGAGCAGAAGGGGGGGAGACUUCUUCCUAGGCCUUUCCCAGUAGUGGGUGCCAGCUGUGCCCCUUGCCAUAUUGCAUCCACCACCCCAACGCAAAUGCGGAAUGCCUUGCAGAGUGACUGUCUCUCCCAGGCUUCACGGAUCCACAUCCCACACAUCUGCAUCCUUGCCUUUGCGAUGUCACAAUGGCUUCAGAGGAGUUCCCUUCCUCCACAAAGAAGCUGGAAGUAUGAGCCAAGAAGGGGAAACCUUGUCCUCCUAUUUGUGGGGGCCUUGGGAUAUGCCAAGCAUUUGCAAACAUCAGCCAAUAAUGGAAUGGGAAGCAGUUUCAGGCUAGUGAAGCAAGUGUUGGAGAAGAAUCCAUUCCAUGGAGAAAGGAUCCGUUUCCCAGCCUUUCCCUGUUCUAUUUGCCCAGUCCUGCAUUUCACUUUGAGCAGGGGCAGCAACAGCAGCCAGGUAGGAAACUUGUUACAGAUGACUGCCCUCCUGGUUUGGAUCCCCAACCUCAACCGGACUGUGCAAGGAGGGGCAAGAGAGGUGCAUGUCUAAGCCAGCUGCAUGUUUUAUGAAGAUGCUAUUUUAAUACAGAAACCUCCCAGCUGCCCCUCCCCUGGAGCUGUCUUUCCCCUCUCCUGGGGCAGCUCUGGGAAAUAAAAAAUAAACAGAGUCUCUGGUUAUUGAUGAUC